AUGGUGCACUUGAAGUUAUUGAUGCCUGAUGGAUCAUUCUUUGAGCAUAAAUAUGAGCAAGAUACUACAGUCGAGCAAAUUACUUCUUCUUUGUUCAGUGAUUGGCCUGAUAGUUUGGGAAAGAGGCCAGAUUCAAAUCACUUGAAACUUAUUUUCCAAGGCCGAUUUUUGCAUGGCACUCUCAAACUGUCAGAAUUGAAACUACCCUCUGAAACGAUUACAAUGCAUUUAAUUCAACAUAAAACGAUGUCAUUGGCGAGGAUAAAUGAAAAAUUUCACAUGAAAACAUUUAUACCAGAUGGUAAGCAAUUUAAACCCCUGAUUAAAUGUUGGUACAAUUCAACUUUCUACAAAUAGUAUGGCUAUGAUCAAUAACUUUAAUGCCUGAGUAAGUUUCUUUCAUAAUGAUGAAAUAAGCAAACGAAGAACUGCUGACUCAAUGGUGAGUUAUAUUUGUCCAGUAAUUGCCCUUUUUACUACACCACUUGUCAUAAUUAAAAAAAGAUCAUAUUAAAAUAUAUGUAAAUCUGGCCAUUGUCAUGC